GUCACUCGUGAGGGAAUGAAUGAAGCGUCAUCCUUCAGCAGCAGCUCCUGCAGCGCGAGGCCUCACUGCUGCACGCGCCACACAUCUUUGUAAAUUAUUACAGAAACCACUCACCACAUCCCUUAAAUCAAACCCGUAUAAAAUAAGACGAUGUGGAGCACCGGAGCGGUGAGUUUCGUACUAAUAUCGUGCUUUGUCUGCACAUCUUUUUGCGCGGACGGGCUGGUGAAUGAAGAGGUGAAGCGCGCGGUGGAUCUGAGCACUCAUCUCGCGAAGAUCUCCGCCGAGAUUCAGCUCGCGAAUCACGGACAUGCGAGUGUGAACAGCUUCACAUUCGGGCUGGAGCCCGAGCUCGCGCCGCACCUCGCCUUUAUCGGUGUUUCUGUAAAAGGAGAGGAAGAUGAGGAUGAAGCGCUCGAGCUGAAAGAAACCACCAUACACGGACACAGUGGUAAAUUCUUAGAGGCGCGGUUGCCGUCUCCUUUGGCGGCGGGAGGCAAGCUGCGGGUGAAGGUCGAGACCGUGUUCAGUCACGUGCUGAAACCUUUUCCCACCCAUAUAACUCAGGCUGAGCGCCAGCUGGUGGUCUUUGAGGGAAACCACUACCUGUACUCACCCUAUCCCACUCGCUCUCAGACCACCCGUGUCCGCUUGGCCUCCAAAACGGUUGAAAGCUACACUAAGCUAGGCAACCCCACCAAAAAUGAUGAAGUUAUUGAAUACGGACCAUUCAAAGAUGUUGCACCUUUCAGCCAGGAUGUAAUGAAGAUCCACUAUGAGAACAACACACCCUUCCUCACCAUUAGCAGUAUCACCCGCACCAUCGAGGUCUCUCACUGGGGAAACAUUGCCGUGGAGGAAACCGUCGACCUAAGACACACUGGUGCUUACCUGAAGGGUCCCUUCUCCCGUUACGACUACCAAAGGCAGUCAGAUAGCGGCAUUUCCUCAGUCAAAUCUUUUAAGACCAUCCUCCCAGCUUCUGCCCAGGAUGUCUACUACCGUGAUGAGAUCGGGAACAUCUCCACUUCCCACCUGCAAGUUCUUGAGGAUUCGGUGGAGGUUGAAAUUCGGCCCCGUUUCCCUCUGUUUGGUGGCUGGAAAACGCAUUACAUGAUUGGUUACAAUCUUCCUAGCUACGAGUACCUGUAUAACCUUGGUGACCAGUAUGCUUUGAAGAUGCGUCUGGUUGAUCACGUCUACGAUGAUCAAGUUAUUGACCACCUAACUGUGAAGCUCAUCCUUCCAGAAGGAGCCAGACACAUCAAUAUGGACACUCCCUAUUCAAUAAGCCGUAGUCCAGAUGAGCUCCAUUACACUUACCUGGACACCUUUGGCAGACCUGUGCUGGUGGCCACCAAAAACAAUCUUGUGGAGCAGCACAUUCAGGAUGUUGUGGUUCAUUACAACUUCAAUAAGAUCCUUAUGCUGCAAGAGCCAUUAUUGGUAGUGGGGGCUUUCUACAUCCUGUUCUUCACGGUCAUCAUCUAUGUGCGCCUCGACUUCUCCAUCACCAAGGAUCCAGCAGCAGAGGUUCGCAUGAAAGUGGCUUCUAUCACCGAGCAGGUCUUAACUUUAGUGAACAAGCGUUUGGGUCUGUACCGCCAUAUGGACGAAGUUGUCAAUCGUUACAAGCAAUCCCGCGAUACUGGUGCUCUGAACAGUGGCCGGAAGACCCUAGAGGCGGAUCACCGCACCCUCACCAAUGACAUCACAGCGUUGCAGGCCAAACUUAAAGCAGAGGGCUCUGAUCUGGCUGAAAAGGUGGGAGAGAUACAGAAACUAGACGGCCAGCUGAAGGAACUGGUGUGCCGUUCCUGCCAAGAGGCCGAGCGGCUGGUGGCCGGCAAGGUGAAGAAAGAUGCCUACAUUGACUCGGAUAAAACCUUGUCAAGCAAGAGGCACGAUCUGGUCAGCCGCAUCGACAGCCUGCUGGACGCCUUGUAAAUCAGACGUAAGAGGUCUAGUCUUCAACCAGGCCACAAAACACCCUACUAAACAAUCGCACGCACUCAGAGAAGACCAGACUGACGUACAUACAAACAAUAGCAUUCUGUAAAUAUCAUAUUUGGUGCCUUUAUGGGACACAAAGUGAAAGAUGAUUUUUGCAGGAUGUGCAUGUUGUUGCUGAUUGUGUGUGAGGGUUUUAUGUUUGUACUCUGAUCUAUAAUUUUGUUUUCAUGUUGCUGAAUGUCAUAUGCAGUCUUCUAAGUCCAGCAAAGCAGUUCAGAUUCUCGUUCGUUCGUUUGUAGAUCUGGAAUCUGAUUUCAACUGAAGUCCGUUUUUGCACUUAUGUUUCCAAAAUAAACUGAUAUUCCCAUCAAUUAUUGAUUCUGAAAUGGUCACCAGUAAUGCAGAUUUUCUAUUGGGUUUUUAUUUCUCACAUUUUUGUAUUUUGAUUUUUUUUGUAAAUGCUUCAGUUCAAUGGUGAAUGACAGAAUGAGAUUAAUUUUUGUAUGCUGAGGGUAAAAUGGCAUUUUCAAUCCAUUAAUAAACAAGGUGUGUGAAACCAGA